AUGGCGUUGGCUGGAAAAAUUGCGAUUGUUACAGGAGCUUCGCGAGGAAUCGGUGAGUUAGCCUAAAUAAUAAUGUUUGCCACGUGGAAUAUAUCUGUAAUUAUUUCAGGUCGAGGAAUCGCUUUGCAAUUAGGAGAAGCUGGAGCCACAGUCUAUAUAACAGGUCGUGCACCAGCGCAAAGCCUGAAUAGUCAAGUUGGCCUGAAUGGUCUCGAAGCGACGGCGCAAGAAAUAACAUCGCGUGGCGGGAAAGGAAUCGCGAAAUUUGUGGAUCAUGGAAAUAUGGAAGAAGUGGAGAAUUUUUUCAAAAUUGUUGAGCAAGAACAGGCGGGAAAAUUGGACAUUUUGGUGAAUAAUGCGUAUCAAGGAGUUCAGGCAAUUUCCGAUGGAAUGGGAAAACCAUUCUACGAAUUGGACCCCUAUAUCUGGGAUACAAUCAAUAAUGUCGGCUUGAGAAAUCACUAUUUCUGUUCGGUUUACGCUUCGCGAAUCAUGGUUGCUCGGAAUGAGCCCGGUUUGAUUGUCAACGUUUCGUCGGGCGGUGGUUUGCGCUAUUUGUUCAAUGUGGCUUAUGGAGUUGGAAAACAGGCUUUGGAUCGAUUAUCGGCGGAUAUGGCUAUGGAAUUGAGAGUGAGUAGUGAGAUGAAUUGAAAAUAAGAAAAAAUGCGGCCUGAAUAUGUGAAAAAAUGCGAAAACGGGUCCUUUUUCACCCAAUUUUCAUAUAUUGUGAAAUUAAAAAUAGAUGGCAGAAAAUAAAUAAAGAAACGUGAAAAUUUUCAGCAAACCCAUGUCGUUGGGGGCGUUGCGGUCACGCGAUGUGUGUUUCAUUUUUGAAAAUUUGCUCAGAAAAUGGAAAAAAUUUAUAAAAUUCUGAAAAUGAAACACGUAGCGCGUGACCGCAACGCCCCCAACGACAUGGGUUCUCUGAAAAUGUUCACGUUUCUUUAUUUAUUUUCUGCCAUCUAUUUUUAAUUUGACAAUACCAUUGGUGUUCUGGGCUAAAACUUAGAAAGGAAGUGCAUAGGUGUUGAACUUUUGAUGAAACAUAUCGAAAUAUACCAAAUCGCCCAUGCUGAUCACGAAUCCGAAGUCAAAAAUUGCCACAAAUGCCUGUGAGCACUUUUCUGGAGCUCCAAAGUUGAAUAGAAUUGAAUUUUGGGUUUUGCCCAUUUUCACCUUGUUGCUGGGUGGAAAAUCAAUUUUUAUAAGGUUGUUCACCACAUUCGAAAACCUAACAGUUUUCUCAAAAAAUAUGAAAAAACCAGCUAAAAACUGCUAUUUUUAAGAAAGUAUUGACAUAAACACACCCUUUUCAAAGUUUUUUUAAAAAUAGCAGUUUUCAACUGAUUUUUCAUAUUUUUGAAAACGCUGAUAGGUUUUCGAAUAUGGUGAAUAACCUUAUAAAAAUUGAUUUUCCACCCAGGAACAUGGUGAAAAUGGGCGAAACCCAAAAUUCAAUUCUAUUUAACUUUGGACCUUCAGAAAAGUGCUCACAGGCAUUUGUGGCAAUUUUUGACUUCGGAUUCGUGAUCAGCAUGGUCGAUUUGGUAUAUUUCGAUAUGUUUCAUCAAAAGCUCAAAACCUGAUCCUAUGCACUUCCCUUGUUAGCCGAAAAUCCACAAUCUUUCAUUUAUUUUUUCUCAGAAAAAGAACAUUUGCUGUGUUUCGAUUUGGCCAGGAGCAGUUCGCACCGAAUUGGUCACCGCCAUGUUUUCGGAUUUGCAAAAGAAAUCGCCAAAUGCUCAUUUGUUUGCGGCUGGUGAAACUGUUGAAUAUCCAGGUAGGACUAGAGCCCAAAUCCCAAAACCCUUUCCGUUUCAGGCAAAGCAGUCGUCGCGCUCGCUUCAGACUCCCGUCGAAUGUCUCAAACUGGAAAAAUUCUGAUCACCGAAGAUUUGGGAAAUCAUUAUGGUUUUGUCGAUAUCGACGGCUUAACUCCACCGAAUUUGCGAUCUGUCAGCUUCAUUUUGGAUCAUUUGGGAUGGGCAACAACGGCGAAAUGGAUUCCGAGAUGGGUUAAAUUGCCUGGAUGGGCGAUUUGGGCUGGAACAAGUCGAUUGUAA